GGCUUCCAGCCAAGCCCCACAGCCCCUUUGUGGGCUUAUGGAGAUGGUCAUAGAGGACUGUAUGUUGGGGGAGAAGGAGAAUAACUCAUCUGGGGUCCAUAAUCUCACAAAUCCCAGGGUAGGAGGAGUGUGUGUGCGUGUGUGUGCGUGUGUGUGCGUGUGUGUGUGUGUGUGUGUGUGUGUGUGUGUGUGUGUGUGUGUGUGUGUGUGUGUGUGUGUCCAUUAUACAGUAUUUGUGUGUGUGUCCAUUAUACAGUAUUUGUGGGAGCUAGUUUGUAUGUGUGGUUGCCUUCAAGACGUGGAAAUUAGUUCUCGGAAAGACAAAUCUACUGCAAAGAGAAACCAGUAGGCUGUUUUAACAGAGCUGUGUCUGGGCUGGAAGGAGGAGGGGCUAAUGGGAGAUUGACCGCGGAUAGAUGAGCAGUGUGGGAUGCAGGAUCUGACAGUUGUAACAGGGUUGACUCCGAGGAAAUCAUUACCAUCGGCUUGAGUUUCUGUUUUUGUUCUGCAUCGUAAACUGCCCUCCUCUGAGCAGUGCAUGAAUCUUGGAGAGAUGUUGGUGAAACAUUAAUACCAUAGUAAGUAAUAUGAAAUGACUGUAGGAAAGACCAACCGCAUUUAGCAUGAGUAUCCACAUGCCCUGUUACAAUCUGAUCAGUCACAAGGCAGUCAUAGUAUUGCUAUCGGAGUCGCAUAGCUACAUUCAAUGCGUUGAGGUCAAUCUGUCCUGUGUAAUUGAAUCCCUCCCUUACAGUUUGCCUACUGACCCAGCUCAUCCAUAUGUCAAUGUGUGUUUAACAUUUUAAUCAUGCAAUGAGUGAACAUGCUGACUACACUGGGCACGCACGUACGUCUGUUGAUUUUGUCCAUCCACACCAGAACACCAUGAAAUAUCAAAAUGAACUCUGAACUAACUAUAUUAAUUUGGGGACAGGUCGAAACACAUGACACAUUCAUGGACAUUUAGCUAGCUAGCGUGCUGUUACUAGCUAAUUUGUCCAGGGAUAUAAACAUUAGGUUGUUAUUUUACCUGAAAUGCACAAGGUCCUUUUUGUCCUGGAUAUUUGUAACAUUUUUACCCAUUUUGAGUUACACAAAAUUGUGUGUUCUCGACAAUUAAUCCACAGAUAUAAGGGGAUACUUAGUUAGUUUCUAGUAAUCUCUCCUUCAGUCAUCGUCUUCUUCUUCUGUGGACUUUAUAUGGCGGUUGGCAACCAACUUUAAGGUGCAUUACCAGCACCAACUGGACUGGAGUGUGGACCUCAGUUCUGCUUUCAAUCACCCACGUGGCUAUAUGCUUCUAAAAACCAAUGAGGAGAUGGGAGACGCGAGCAGUGAGGUCAGCAUGUAAAGCAGUGUUUUUUUAUGUCAAGUCAGUAUUCAUGUCUCGUCCUUGUUUCAUGUAUUCAUGUCAGAACAAGGCUGCCUACUGCAGUGGCGUUUCUAAAUGUAAUUGGACAUUAGCGAAGUCGCUGUAGCAUGUCAGAAGACAAGGAAAGGAGUUGCCUUGAACAGGGUCAAAGGCUCAGAGCAGAUCUAGGGUCACACAUGUACUGAGUACAAAUGAGCUCAUAGCAUGUGAGCUUUCUCACACACACACACACACACACACACACACACACACACACACACACACACACACACACACACACACACACACACACACACACGACAUACAGAUACAGUACACAACCUCCAUCCCUGCCUCUGUCUGACUGAGAUGCAUUAUUAAUAUCGAGGCAGAGAGCUAGGAUUUGACUGACAGUGAGAUGUAGGGGGCUUAUUAAACAUAGGCAUCUGUGUGGGUAGCCUCUUUCACAGAUGUCAAGCAUGCAACAACCAAGGACACCAAACCCCUUAUGAAUAGGAAGACCUAUACUGUUCGUAUGGCAAGUAGUUACAAUGCCAAGGUGUACCGAGAAAUAUUGUGUGGCGACUGAGGUAUUUCUGCGUUGUAUUGAUUUAUUUUGUUUCACCUUCCACUUGUAAUGUAUAAUACUGGGUUUGUACAAGUGGCUCACUUUUGUGUCUUCUCUCAAAUAAUAGUGUAUGUGCCUCCACAAGUAUUUGCAUUUGAAUGUCACAGUGUUUCAAAAGGGAGAGUUCACCAAAAUUACAAACUGUAAGCAGUCUAUGGACAAGGUAUGACGGCAAUCCAUGUUUUCGUCAACACGCGAGAUAAUCACUGACAUGAUGUCAGCUGGUCCUUUUGUGGCAGGGCUGAAAUGCAGUGGAAAUGUUUUUAGGGGAUUCAGUUCAUUUGCAUGGUAAAGAGGGACUUUGCAAUUAAUUACAAUUAAUCUGAUCACUCUUCAUAACAUUCUGGAGUAUAUGCAAAUUGCCAUCAUACAAACUGAAGCAGCAGAUUUUGUGAAAAUUAAUAUUUGUGUCAUUCUCAAAACUUUUGGCCAUGACUGUACACACCUUGGGACUCAACAACACACCAGGCUGGGACCUGGCCGCAGCGUGGGGAUCCAUUUGUCAAGGCACUGUGCUCCAAGGAGCGUGCAAAGAUGAGUGAGUGAACUAUCCCAUUAAUGUCCUGUGUAUACUCAGGGGUAGGGAUCCUUCAUCCUUGGUUUGUAGACAGGGUCUUUGCUUCGUGUUACUGUAUGAUUAGAUCUACAAACCCAGAACACACAUACUCUAUCUAGAACUGUUCCACCCUGACUGUUUGAUAAAGAUGUGUAGUCUAGUACACUCUUGGGAACCAGAUCACAGAAGGAAAUCAAUAAAAGAGGGGAAUAGCACUGUUUAGGUUUACCCUGAUGGAGUUGAAACACGGGUUGUUGUACACAAUCUACGUGGGUGUGUGUUGGCGGCAGGACAAGAGCUUCCAGUGACCAAUAUUAUUGUUUCGUUUUUUUGCUAAGUGAAUUGAAUCCUAUUCCCACAAGGCAUGUGCUACGUAGGGUUGCUGUUUCAUAGAUAACUGUGUGUGCAUGCUUCUACAUAUGUGUAUGCCUUUCGGUUUCUCCAAAGUCCCCAAAGACUUAAUUAGUUUACUUUUCACCCUGCUAUUCAUUCAAGCAUGAAACUGAAUUGAGAAACUCUCGCUCUCAUUUUAAUAUCAGUGCCCCCAGCUGCCUCCUGUCUCUUGCUCUCUCAUCCAUCCAUUUCCCUCUCUCUCCAUCUCACUCGCCUUAUUUCCUUCUGUCAACGAUGGUUUCCUGUAACUAUAAAAACACAGGGAAAAAGUCAGUUGGUCUGAAGUCAAUUCCACUAUCAAUGAUAAUCCCCCUUUUCCUCUCAACCCAUAAUGCAACAGCAUUGGGCGCUUUAGCAUUUCCUCUGACAUCCUGUCCAGUGUUAUCGCUUCUCUUCCUAAUUACGCAACACUGAUUAAAGAACGAUAGCACGAUCCACCACUGCAAUCCAGCAGGUCUUCACGAUGGUCUAAAAACCGAAUGCAGGGUAAACUCAAGUAUAAUUUGUCAACGAGGUGGGAUAUUUGAGAGGGUCCCUAGCUGUCAUAGCAACAGAAAACAUGAUGCCCCAGCACUGAUAGCAGGACAGGGUUAAUGAAAAUUGAAGCGUCUUCUCCGCCUUAACAUCUGUUCUCAUGCAUUAGUUAACAGGGAACCUCUCCAACAGGGAUCAAGUGUCAGCUGGCCAGGCAGGUAGGUAGGCCAAAGAAUUAUAUACCACAGGGGGACUGGGAGGAUAGGGAAGAUUCAUAGAGGGUUUCAAGGAUUGCUUAGGGAAGUGUGUGUGUAGUGACAAAAAGUGCAUUCUCCCCCCAGGUCUCUCUGACAAGGGGCAAAAUCCAAAUACAGAGCUUUGCUUGGUAAAGGGGAUCAGCAAUGCUUUGGGUGGGGUGCUGUGGUAACAGCAGGUUGACAGAUUGUGGUUGGAGCAAAUGGCUUUAAUCCAAUAAUUGUACAUGCAAAUAGUUGCUUUGAGGACAAGCCUUGCUUUUGUCAUUUUCUUUCAUGCUUAUUAUUUGUAAAGGGUGGCAGGCAGUAUGCUUUAAUAAUGUUUUCAAAUGUUUUUAGCAGUCAGGUUCCCAUUGCCCCCUGUGGGUUCUGUGUCUGAGUGCCAGUCGUCUUGUGACAUUUACUAGGUCCUCUCAGUGAGGGGCGAGAGUGUGACAGGAGUUUCACAGGAGUAGCGUGGUCACUCUGUCAGCGUCGGCCCAGGCAACGGAUUAGUGUCCAAUCAGAGUGGAUUUGAUGUUUCCUGACAGCACAUGAGACUUAGCAGGGAGAUCUGUAUUCAUUUCAAUCACCCGCCUGCCUGCCUUCCCCUCCCUGAGGGCUACUAGCGGGGUAGUGUAAAUCUCUCCUGCUCAUUGAACGAGACCCAGCAAGUCAUUGACAACAAAAUCAAGUGAUCAGUCCCAGGUAAGUGUCACGGAUUUGGAUGGAGGUUUGCCCUUACGUAAAUGAGCAGAAUCCUCAGAGAUACUUUUUUAGGUGGUUCACGUAACGUCACGACGGGCAGCAGAAUUAAGCAGUCUUUAUUUAGACUGUAAUCCCUCAUAGCAAUCGCCAGAGUGAGUAAAAUAUCCCAGAGUAGGGGUAGGAUAAACCCUAACGGAUUAGUACAAGCCCCUGCCUACAAUCCCAUCCCACCCCCUCCAAUAUUCCCUCCUUUCGUGGUUUUUUCCUCUCACCGCAUCGGGUAGCCUACAUGGUUGGUGGCCAGCACAAGCACGGACCCUGUCAUUGUGGUUCAAUGGAGUAGUUGGGGCUGCCUUUGCAGCAUUUGCACAGUGUGGUGUCCUCUACCUUCUAGCAACAAUAUUUCCAUAGAUUAAUUAUUCAAGGAUUGCCUGUCAAGGGGGAGCCACUGAAUAGAAAGGACCUCAGAAGAGCCCCCAAAAAAUUACAACUGGAUAUCAGGUGAAACAAUAUACCCCACUGCUUCAUCUCUUUUUUGCUCCUCCUCCGUCCUCCCUCCCUCCUUUCCACUCUUUUGAUGUAAAUUGUAACUGAAGACUUGAAAGAAAACACCAACUACUCCCUGCUUGUUUUUUGUCCUCUGUAAAGCUGUCCAUUUUUUUUUCUCUCCAAUGCUCGUCUCCAGCAAGCAGUUGAGUAUCGGUCGCUCCCAUAGUUGGGACACCCUGGGGGGGAAUGAGGGUCAGUGGGCCGGGGGAGAAAGCGCGUAUGACCAACAAGGCAGGAUAGCGAGUCGACGAAACUCGCUGUCUUACGGGGCAGAGGGAGGAGGUUACUACGAGACUCCCCCUGGGAUGCGUCCUCCGGAGCUGGAUCUGAAACGAGACACCUACUCCUACCAGGACUCUCUGUACAGCCAGCAGGGCUACGCUACUGAUCCCCGGGGAAUGAGAAAGGGCUCAGUCCCUGAGCUAAACAACUACGACCGUCCACCCAUGGCUAACAGUCACCGAGGAUUCAUUGCCUCCCAGGACUAUUAUCCCCAUGACCCUGCUAUGGCUCCCCAACCACCAGAGGACCCCCGGGGCUUCUACCGGGUGGAUCAGCAGCCUCAGCAGCAGCCUCACCCACUCAGCAGACCCCCGUCCCACUACGGGAUGAACCCAGUGGGACGGCCCCCAUGGGACCAAGGACAGGGAGGGAGGCCCUUACCUCAGGGUCCUUCGUCUUCUGCUCUUCCUCCUCCCCCUCUUCCGCCAACUGCCCAUGGCAUUAACCAGGUUUACAAUCAGCCUGCAGCCGCCGCUGCCAAUAUGAUGCCAGAUGGCCAACGCUCUCCUGCUCACUAUGGAAUGGAACAACCCUCUUCACCUCGUUACGCAUCUGAGCCAACCCCUCUAGCCGGCCAGACAGUCUAUACCGACAUCAAUGGCCAUCCCGUGGACCCUCGGCAGCAGCCUGCAGCCACCUGCCUGGUGGUGGACCCUAACACUCAGGGGCUGGAUGGGAGCAUGCAGCAGCGAGGUAUGAUGAUAAGGCAGGAGUGCACAUUGCCCUACAGCGUUCAACAACAACAAGCUCCGCAGCCCAACAUGCAGGUCUACAACCCCAACCCUCCUCUCGCCUCCCCUGUUCCUGCACCUGUUCCUGCCCCUCUUCCUAUCCCACCUGCCCCUGUAGCCCUCCCCCCUCCACCUCCCACAGCCCACCAGAUGCCUGCAGCCCCAGUGGAUCACAAGAGGAACACCGACCCAGAGUUCCUGGCUCUUCUUCGAAACGAGGGUCUCUCAGAGAGUACCAUCUCCUCACUCAUCCAGCAGGGCUUUGACACAACCGGCAUGCUGGCAGUCAUGGAGGAGAAUGACAUACGCUCAGUUGCUCCCAACCUAGGGCAGGCGCGGGUGCUGUCGCGGGUGGCCAUCAGCGUCAAGAGGCCCUUAGAGCCCCCUCCCACGCCCCAGCAACAGGCCCACAUGCGGGGCCGCUCCAACAGCUUCAGCCACCGCUCUGACAUGUACCUCCAGCAGCAGCACCAGCAGGCCAUGGGCAUGGACCCCCGGCUGAUGCCACCACAGACCCCUGGUACCAUGCAGACCAUCUCCCCCACCAUGGCUGAGGCCCUGGCCAGGAGGCCCAAUAGCGCUCCCCCUCAGCACCUUCUGGAAACCACACAGGGCUACCCAGGACCUCAUACCCCAGGGACCUACAAUGGUGCCAUGGUCCCUGUCCAGUCCCGGCCCAUGUCUGCAUUCUCCCAACACCCGGGUGUCCCCAUGACGCCGGGCAUGCAGAUGAUGGCUGCCAUGCCCCAGCAGAUGCAAGCCAUGCAACAACAGCAAAUGCCAGUGUCCAUGCCUGCCCAGCCGUCACCUCAGCAGGCCCCAAGGGCAUACUCCACCAACUACACAGUGCCCAUGGAGCUGAUGAAACGGGACCGCAGCCUGCAACCCAUGUUGCCCAUGCACAGCGCCCACCCCAACCCUCAGAUGAUACGCAAGGCUGGGGGCACCCCGUCCGAUGGAGCCAUGAUGCCCGUGGGUACCACCAUGCAGAACCAGAGUGAUAUGGCCACCAACCAGAAGCUUAGCCGCCGUACCGGCCCACCUGUCAUCGUCUCCACCAUGGCAUCACCAGAUACAAGUAAAGCAUACUUUUAUCCCCUCAACCAUUCCCUCCUCUUCCUCCUCUCCCCUAGUCCUCCUGUAUAUAAUGUCUCUUGGCUGUAGUGUAUUUGUUGGCUACUGAAGGAGUAUGGUUACUAAAAGAGUAUGGUUUCUCUUGGGUUAUAUAAAAAAAUUGUAGUUAUAGAUUUUUUCUAUUUGAAAUGAAUGCUCUGGUUAGAUAACCUUUCGCUCUGUACUCUAAGACAACAAUUAGGUAUUGUGUUUUUGCAAUCAAAUUAAUAAUUAUUUUAUACCCUUAUCAGGAUAGCCCCUUUCUCAAAUAACAGUUGAAUUUUUAAGGCUAUGAAACUGCUCUCUUUAUGACAGCUAUUUGGCAUGAAUUGAAUACAGGAUACUGUAAUGCAGUGCUCUUAAACCAAGUGCCCGAAAAGGGCCAUUUAACUGGUUCCCACUCAAUGUUGAAGUGUUUGAGAUACUUUUAUGGUAGAUUGAUAUGAAUUUAUCUCUUUGCUGCUUUCACAUCAUUUCAAUCUACUCUUUGGCUGUGUGGAGCUCUGCUUAUUGUUAACCUGUGUAUGUGCCUUUGUAUUGGAUUGACAAUGGAUAAACAUCUCAACUUAAUACGGGAUCGGUGUCCCCUCCACGGGAUGGUUGAGCUAACGUAGGCUAAUGUGAUUAGCAUGAGGUUGUAAGUAACAAGAACAUUUCCCAGGACAUAGACAUAUCUGAUAUGGGCAGAACGCUUAAAUUCUUGUUAAUCUAACUGCAGUGUCCAAUUUACAGUAGCUAUUGCAGUGAAAGAAUACCAUGCAAUUGUUUGAGGAGAGUGCACAGUUAGGAACUUGAAAAUAUAUUAAUAAACCAAUUAGGCACAUUUGGGUAGUCUUGAUGCAACAUUUUGAACUGAAAUGCAAUGGUUCAUUGAGUCCGUCUAAAGCUUUACCCGUACACUUCUGCCAUCUAAUGGCCAACAUUUAAAUUGCGCCUGACCUGGCAUAGUACAUUACGACCUUUCUCUUGCAUUUAAAGAUGAUCAUACAAAAUUAAAAAAAAUAAUAAUUGUAUUGUCUUUUACCAGAUAUAAUGUGUUAUAUUCUCCUACAUUCAUUUCACAUUUCCACAAACUUCAAAGUGUUUCCUUUCAAAUGGUAUCAAGAAUAUGCAUAUCCUUGCUUCAGGUCCUGAGCAGUUAGAUUUGGGUAUGUCAUUUUAGGCGAAAAUUGAAAAAAAGGUUCCGAUCCUUAAGAGUUUGGCUACCAUAUCUUCCGUGAAUGGCUUUAGAUACAGUAUAUCCAUAUUUGAGAUAAUGUUUUUUUUUUAUGAAUGGCUUAAUGGCCUAAAAGCAUAACUUUUUAACAAUGUCAGCCUUUAAUCCUCCCCAUGCCCUAAUUAUUUAUAGUCAGCUGUUGUGAUCCUAAAAUGAGUCCCUGUUGAAAAAGCUCUGAGAGUAGCCCUACCUACCUCUUUCUGAAUUGUGUUUUAGACACUCAUGUGUACUGUCAGUCAUCUUUGCGCUCUUUGAGAUGCAUCCUGUUCUCUGUAUUGUUUGUUUUUUGCCACACAUAAUGGUUGUAAUGACCAAGAUGGAGGGUGGGAGUGGGGCGAGGACAGUGUGAUGUCGUACGAUGUGAGCUGUCAUCUAUCUGAGGUAACACUGCUUUUAAAGCAGAAACAGCCUGUCAGUAGUUGUAUUUGUCCAACCAAUCUGGGUCGGCAGUAUUCCAUGGUCACGGUUAAAUGUGGGAGAAUUGGAGCCUUGAGUUAAUGCGUGCAUGUGUGCCUGUGUGCAUUGCAGUGUGUGUGUUUGUGUGUGUGUGUGUGUGUGUGGGGGGGGAGGGGAGAAAAAGAGAGCUGUUUUUGCUUUGGAGCUAUAUUCCUUGCCCUUCACCUCAUCUGUAGGCAUUUGAAGCUUGUCCACACAGAGCAAAGGCAUAAUUGUCCACAUGCUUGUCCACUCCGAGCAUAAUCUUCAGGGCUGAUGGCCUGGUGGGAAGGGUUAUGAAAUAUUGGUUGCAGCAUCAUCACAGCAUCGUUCUGCUUUUAGUGCAUUGAAGUAGCCUGGAGCAGUACGUUAUGUGUAGUGGUGCAUACACUGUUAUUGUCUCUGUUCAGGUGCAGCAGUGACCAUUGUAGGGAAUGUUGAAAUUAACUAUAUUGUUUACUGUAGCUCUCUAACGUUGGUGCUACAGAAAUGUGGAAGAUGUGAGAAAUUACCAGCACUAGCUAUGAUUUCAACAAGUCUGAUUCAUCAUCAAAGUUGUUCAAUAAUAAUGCUAUUGGACAGCAUCCAUUGGGUUUGGACAACAUCCUAGCUGUGCUGCUGAAAACAAAUGAAUGGGAUGAUCACCGAUCAGCAAUUGUGUCUUUUCUCUGAGUAACUGGAAUGAGAAGCAAAAGGGGUUUAGUCCUUUAGAUCCUUUUUUUACAACACUGCUAAUCCACAGAUUCACUCCAUUAUUUAUGGCCUAGGCUGACAUCUUUGGAUUCCCCCAGUACUAGAGCUAUAACCAUUGGCUUUGACAGCUCCUCUACAGAUUGAGAACAAAUGGAUUUAUGAAAUCUGUCUAGUCUCAGGGGGGAAAAAAGAUGGUACUUCUUCUGUUUAUGUCUAAAGGACCCUUUCUGUUUAGCUAUCUUUCUCUGUUGUAAAAAUCUGCAGCCAUGAUACUAGCUCACCCUAGUUUGCUUUUGCACACAAGGGUUUCCUCAUGUUAAACACACACUCGGUACAACAAAUUAAUGUGCAUGCGGCUGACAUUUGUUGCUUUGGUAAUUUCAUCUGUUAAUGGACGCCUGCAAAGCCUCUCUGAAAGCAUAUUCCUUAAUUGUGUGUUGCUAGGCAACAGGGGUUUGGUCAUAAUCACAGAAAGAUGAUCUUUUCUUUUAAGGAGCGGGGGAAAGGUUUCACUGGAGUGGGGACUGGUGGAAAUGGCUGAGAAUUUGCAUUUUAUGGCACUGUGUUGAAAAAGGGGUGCUUGAGCUAAUACUGUGAGCUAGAGGAGAGUCAUAAUAAUGACAUUUUUGUCACCUCGUGUUGAAAUAUGACCACGGAGCAAUAAUGGCAUGUGCCCUUUUUGAGAGCAGGAGUUAAUAUAAUUUUGCAUUGUAGAAAUUGUCAGUCAACCGUUAUUUUGGUUGCAUGGAGUAUGUCUGAGUAUAAUCCUGACAUUUGACAACAUGAUAUAGGGAAUAUCUCAACCAUUUGAGCUGUUCCUCUGUACCGUCUUCAUAAUUAGUAAGCCUAUAUAAAUAUUUAGAUAUGAUAUGCCAAUGGCCUCAAUAUGUUCAUUAGUAACACCUAGGGCUACACGAUUUGGACAAAAUAUCUCAUUGCGAUUUUAUGGCUCGAUUUAUGAAUUGCGAUUUUCAAACACUUGGGUGAAAACUUGGUAAUUCAGUCAGACAUGGUUAAAACAAUUCUCAGGGUAGAUUACAUCACUUCUAAAAUGAGAUCAUUUGAACGAACACAUACUGUGCUAACUGAAUACAAAACCAAAUUAAACAUAUAUUUUCCAACAUUGUUAUACUUAUGAUAAUAGGUUGGAUUAUUACACCUACAAAUUAACAAACAUAUAUUUUUAGCAUGAUCAUCAAAAUAUACACUGAGUAUACCAAACAUCAUAAAAACAAUAUAUAUUUUUUAUUGAACCUUUAUUUAACUAGAAAAGUCAGUUAAGAACAAAUUCUUAUUUACAAUGACGCAUACAUCGGCCAAACCCGGACGGCGCUGGGCCAAUAGUGCGCCGCCCUAUGCGACUCAGGUACUGUAGUGAUGCCUCUUGCACUUAGAUGCAGUGCCUUAGACCACUGCACCACUCGGGAGCAUCUUCCCAUCUUCCUAAUAUUAUGAAAAUCUUGCUAAUAUUGAGUCGCCCCCCCCCCACCGCCCUCAGAAUAACCUCAAUUCAUCGGGGCAUGGACUCUUCAAGGUGUCGAAAGUAUCCCACAGAGAUGCUGGCCCAUGUUGACUCAAAUGCUUCACCCAGUUCUGUCAAGUUGAUUGAAUGUCCUCAAUUCUUGAUACACACUGUAUUCUGUUGAGUGUGAAAAACCCAGCAGCGUUGCAGUUCUUGACACAAACCGGUGCACCUGGCACCUGGCGCCUACUACCAUACCCUGUUCAAAGGCAUAAGUAUUUUGUAUUGCCCAUUCACAUUCUGAAUGGCACACACACAGUGUAUUCGGAAGGUAUUCAGAGCCCUUGACUUUUUCCACAUUUUGUUACGUUACAGGCUUAUUCUAAAAUGGAUUAAAUUUGUUUUUUUCCCUCAUCAAUCUACACAAAAUACCCUAUAAUGACAUAGCAAAAACAGGUUUUUAGACCUUUUUGCAAAUGUAUAAAAAAAUAUAUAUACAUCACAUUUACAUAAGUAUUCAGACCCUUUACUCAGUACUUUGUUGGAGCGCCUUUAGCAGCGGUUACAGCCUUGAGUCUUCUGUAUCUGUAUUUCCUCCCAUUCUUCUCUGCAGAUACUCUCAAGCUCUGUCAGGUUGGAUGAGGAGCGUCGCUGCACAGCUAUUUUCAGGUCUCUCCGGAGAUGUUCGAUCGAGUUCAAGUCCGGGCUCUGCCUGGGCCACUCAAGGACAUUCAGAGACUUGUCCCGAAGCCACUCCUGUGUUGUCUUGGCUGUGUGCUUCAGGUCAUUGUCCUGGUUGAAGGUGAACCUUCACCCCAGCCUGAGGUCCUGAGCGCUCUGGAGCAGGUUUUUAUCAAGGAUUUCUCUGUACUUUGCCUCGUUCAUCUUUCCCUCGAUCCUGACUAGUCUCCUAGUCCCUGCUGCUGAAAAACAUCCCAACAGCAUGAUGCUGCCACCACCAUGCUUCACCAUAAGGAUGGUGCCAGGUUUCCUCCAGACUUGAAGCAUGGCAUUCAGGCCAAAGAGUUCAAUCUUUAUUUCAUCAGACCAGAUAAUCUUGUUUCUCAUAGUCAAAGUCCUUUAGGUGCCUAUUGUAAACUCCAAGUGGGCUGUCAUGUGCCUUUUACUGAGGAGUGGCUUUCAUCUGGCCACUCUACCGUAAAGGCUUGAUUUGGUGGAGUGCUGCAGAGAUGGUUCUUCUAGAAGGUUCUCCCAUCUCCACAAAGGAACUCUGGAGCUCUGUCCGAGUGACCAUCGGGUUCUUGAUCACCUCCCUGACCAAGGCCCUACUCCCCUGAUUGUUCAGUUUGGCCAGGUGGUCAGCUCUAGGAAGAGUCUUGGUGGUUCAAGACGUAUUCCAUUUAAGAAUGAUGAAGGCCACUGUGUUCUUGGGACCUUCAAUUCUGCAGAAAUGUUUUGGUACCCAUGUGCCUCGAGACAAUCCUGUCUUGGAGCUCUAUGGACAAUUCCUUCGACCUCAUGGCUUGGUUUUUGCUCUUACAUGCAUUGUCAACUGUGGGACCUUAUAUAGACAGGUGUGUGCCUUUCCAAAUCAUGUCCAAUCAAUUGAAUUUACCACAGCUGGUCUCCAAGUUGUAGAAUCAUCUCAAAGAUGAUCAAUGGAAACAGGAUGCACCUGAGCUCAAUUUCGAGUCUCAUACUUAUGUAAAUACGUUUUUGCUUUGUCCUUAUGGGGUAUUGUGUUUAGAUUGUGGAUUUUUACUUUAUCCGUUUUAGAAUAAAGCUGUAACGUAACAAAAUGUGGGGGAAAGGGUCUGAAUACUUUCCAAAUGCACUGUACACAAUCCAUGUCUCAGUUGUCUCAAGUCUUAAAAGUCCUUAUUUAGCAUGUAGCCUCCCCUUCAUCUACACUGAUUUGAAGUGGAUUUAACAAGUGACAUCAAUAAGGGUUCAUAGCAUUCACCUGGUCAGUCUAUGGCAGGGAUCAUCAAAUAGAUUUAGCCACGGGCCAAUUUUAUUUAUUGAGCGGCUGGUCAUGGGGCCGGAACAUAAUUAGAAAUCAUUUGUAGAUUGAAAAUUGACCAAAAAUAGCCCAAACAUAUACUGUAUAAUAUUUGAAUGAAACAUAAUUUAAAAUCUUGCUUACAUGUGUCUCUCUAUUAUGCGUGAAUUCUUGGGAACAGAUUUCCAAAAUUAAAAUCACUUGGAGCCGAUUUCCUGGUCUUGUUACAGUCUUUUAUCUCCAAAAAGGUCUGGUCUAUGGCAUAGAACUCAAAAAAGCAGUGGUAUACUCAGUGUAGUGUGCUAUAAGCACAGCACUAAUUAAUUAUUUAAUUAAUAACAUUGAGUUACUAUUUCUUUUUUUUACCAUUAUGAGUUAUUAAAUAACCUAAGUUAAUUAGUUUCCAGGCAGCCAUAGGCUGCAGUUGGAAUUGGAAGCUUAUGAUUGUGUAAUUAUGUACAAGUAGGCUACGAUCGUUAUUAUAAUAGAAAUUAAGUCAAAGUCCCUUAAAAAUAUGUAACACGUAGCCUACCGAUUACAAGGUGCAGCCUGUGUCCAAAACAUUUGAAUCUGGUCCAGGCAUUCAACGCGAUGGCCUUUACCACGUUUGCGCCGUGAUAGUUAUGCACACCUCAUUCAGGCCCUAGGCAGCUAAUGAUGUUUUCACACUUGGUCACUUUCAGCCAAUCUUUGCAGUGUGAACACAUUCCAAAGGAACUCAGAACCCUCGAAAUGGUCUCAGUUCGGUUCACUUCGGGGGCUCUUUUUAGGGUUCUGAGUUCCUUUGGAAUGCUUGAAUUCCGUGUUCCGGUUUCCUUUUUUAGGGCAAUGUAAACACAAAGCUCCCCAGGUUCACUUGUCAUUAUUCCCACACCACACAUUAGAUUACUGCAGCACUGUUUCCCCUGCAAUAACCCUUCACAUUGAUGCCACAAAAUAGAGAAGAUGAUGAUGUGUAGGGGCGUAUUCAUUACGCCGAUUCUGUUGCAAAAUGUUUUUUAAACGGAAGUAGAUGGAACGAAAGGGGGAGAUCCUACCUGAAUUUGUACAAUAGGAACUCUUGUUUUUAGUUAACUGUUUGGCUAAUGAUUUGAAUAUUGUGAAAGACAACAUAUUUGGUAAGAAUAAUAACAUAGGGUACAACAUCUCUUCUAGCUCUUAAAGGGGUCUACAUUGGGUGUACAAUUUUCAAUUACAGCAUUAUUUGAUCUACAGUUAUUCUUCUGCUAUUUAUUCUGUUACCAAUAAUAUUUACAUUUUAAUAGUAUCUUCUGAUUACAAUUAUUAUGUCUCAUAUUUUAACAAAUGCAAUCUAUUAGCUAUUAAAAUGUAAGUGGGUAUAUCUAGCUGUCCGAUAACACAUUCUGAUGGAGUGGCUUGACCUGCACUUUGUAAAAACGUAGAGUGCAUUGAGUGAAUGUUGCAAUGAACACAGCUGCUGUUGGGAGACAACGACUCGACACUGAUAACUUAGGAACUCAAGAACUUGGAUAUCUGUGUCAACACCUGCUACCAACUAGCCAGCUAGAUAGCUAGCUAGGUUGCAAUGGAGCCUGCUUCGCCUGGAAUAGCUAACAAACAUUUCCAGCGCUGUAGAAGCUGUGUUUAUUACGGUCUUGUCCUUGACAAUAGGAGUUCCAAUGCGGUAAUUGUUUGCUACCGGAGUACUACAAGAAUGAGGUGGCUAUGCUUAGCAAACAAAUCUCAAUUCUACGCAAACUUAUGGGGAUAACGCAAAUUGGAACUUUCUCGUUCUCAAUUCCUAUGGAGGGAUGCUGCUCGGGCCUAAUGGAUGUUUCCCCCCUUGUCAUCUGUCCCUAUCCGAAUGGCCUGUGCUACCUGGAACCUGCCUGCCAACGAAGUGGUCUCCAUCUGCUUCUCCUCCUCCAUCCUGUAGUGAAGUAGACGGAGAACAGCAAGAAGACUGUUCUAAUCAGCGCUGGUCCCAUGUCACAAGUCGUGGAAACCGCAGGCAGCAGCAUACUGCUAACCGGACGGGAGUGACUAAGGGGUUUGAGCAGAUUGACAUUAGGAAUAGCUUCACUGGUGCCUGAUCUACCUGCACCUUCAUCGCUGGUUCUGCCUGUGUCUGCAUCGGCGGUGCCAACUCUAACUACGCUGACUCCAGCAGCGCCGUCGUGGUCGUUUGGCUCCUUUCCUUGUCUCUGGAUCUGACAGGGCACUGCCUGCUGAGGUCUGAACCUAAU